AUGACCAUCUUUGGUUUCAUUCAAUUGCUAUGGUUGGUUGCAAUUUCCCGUGCAAGCGAUCCUGAGGAUAAUAUGAGUGUGGCUCAAAUCAUUGCCCAUCAUGGGUAUCCAGUGGAAAGGCAUUUUGUGAAAACUGCCGAUGGCUAUAUCAACGAGGUCCAACGAAUCCCACAUGGACGCGAUGAUCGGAACGUUCGUCCAUGCGCGAAGAGGCCCGUGGUUUACUGUAUGCAUGGCUUGUUCUCGAGUGGCGCUCAAUUCGUCAUGAAUCUUCCGUCUCAAAGCACCGCAUUCGUCAUGGCCGAUGCCGGAUUCGACGUGUGGAUUGGCAACUUGCGCGGAACCGAAUAUGGCAUGAAUCAUACCACGCUCAGCAUUUUUAGCCAACAUUUCUGGAAUUUCUCAUUGUAUGAUCAUUCGCAUCACGAUCUGAAAUCCCAAGUCGAAUACAUUCUCAAUGUAACCGAUCAGCCGUCGCUAUUCUACAUCGGACACAGUCAAGGCACCACGGUGAUGUUCAUGCGGCUCGCCGAAGCCGACGCCCAAUGGCAGAAGAAAAUCCGAACAUUCUACGGGUUGGCGCCGUCAGCCGGCUUCAAGACCCCAUUCUAUCCAUUCGUGCUGCUCGAGAUUCCCGCAAUUCAGGAUAUCAUUCAAUUCGCGCUUGACGGCAAACUCGGAAUAUUCCCAAUAUUUCUGCCGAAGCCCUUUCAAGUGGCCCUUUCGAAAUUAUGCGCAAUUCCGGGCGUCAAUCAAAUUUGCGGUUUGAUUCUAUCAGCAUCCGACGGAAUCGAGAGAUUGGGACAAGUCAAUACUACGCGCCUCCCAUUAUUCCUUCGGCAUUUUCCAUCGAGAACGUCGACAUUGAAUCUGCUCCAUUGGACACAAGCGUUCAAAUAUCACGGCCUACGUCAUCUCGAUUUGGGCCGCGAGCGGAAUAUGCGAUUGUACGGCAAACCCGAAGCGCCAUCAUUCGAUUUGUCCAAUAUUGUCACCCCAACGAUUCUCUAUUAUAGUUCGGAUGAUAAUAUUGCCGACGCGAGAGAUGCCGUCGAAGUGAUCCUGAAGCGAAUGGGUCCCGGUCUCAAGCAGUCCAUCAAAAUCGACCAUUUCUCCCAUCUUGAUUAUGCCAUCGGACUGCGAGCCACCGACGCGAUCUACAAGCCGAUCGUUUACUCAAUGUAUGAGGAUAUCAACAAAAACGGCUGCUAA